UGAAAACACUGUACUGAUAACUACGCGGUCAGAAUGCCUCUCAUUCGCAAGCGGCCAGCGGUUGCUGAACCACAAUCCAGCGACGGAGAGUCCGCUUCCUCAGAAUCGACUACUCAGUUAAGGAACCACCAGCAGCGCCGCAUCCGCGCGUCCCCAGUCGAGAGCGAAGAUGGCAGCGGUGACGACUCGCCUUCUCAUGCCCCCAGCAGCACAGACGUAAUGGUAAAGAAACUAGUGCGGCUGGCACUUUCAAGCGAAUACUCACGCCAGCCGAUUCGAAGAGUCGAUAUCAGCAAUAAAGUACUUGGGGAACAGGGAUCGAGGCAAUUCAAGACUGUCUUUGAGGGAGCGCAAAAGGCUUUAGCAGAAACGUUCGGAAUGCAGUUAGCUGAGUUGCCGCAAAAGGAGAAGGUUACUAUUCAACAGCGGAGGGCCGCCCAGAAAGUUGAAAGGCCAUUGUCUAGUAAUAAGUCUUGGAUCCUUACGAGUAUACUGCCAUCAAAGUAUCGGAAACAGGAUAUUCUAUGCCCAACACGCGGACCAGCAGAGAGCUCUUACACGGGACUGUAUACGUUUAUAAUUGCCGUAAUACUACUAAACGGAGGCACACUCCAAGAGCAGAAACUUGAUCGGUACCUCUCCCGUAUGAACGCCGAACAAUUCACACCUGUCGAACGCACAGAUCAUUUACUCCAACGGCUCUGCAAAGAAGGCUACUUAGUCAAGAACCGGGAGAUGGACGGUGGAGAUGAAAUCAUUGAGUAUAUGGUUGGGCCGCGGGGAAAGGUUGAAGUCGGUGCGAGAGGCGUAGCUGGGCUCGUGAGGGAAGUCUACGGUCGACAGGCUAUGAUUGAAGAUGACGAUAUCACUCCCGCCGAGAGGGAGAGGUUAGAGGAAUUCGAGUUUCGGUUGGCAAAUAGUCUUGGGUUUAGGAAGCCAAAUAGCCGGGCAGUGGAUGGUGAGCAGAACGGGGAUGAUGAGAGUGUCGGUGAGGACAGACCGACCCAACCGCGGCGGCGGAGAGCCGCUUCUGAGGAAGAUAGUGAUGCGUGA